AACGGCCGUGAUUGAGAGCGUCCUUCGAAUACAAACAAUUGCGUCCUUAUCCUUUCAUAAGUUUGGAGUUGUUGUCAAACUUGGAAUUUAUAAACCAACACUGGAUUUACAUUUGAAGAAAAAUAAGUUAUAUUUAUGUCAGCGUAAAGUGGAAUACUAAGGAAAUACUCAACGUCACAAGGAUUCGCAAGAAAAUAUCUUUAUGAACUUCUCAGCAUGUGUUUUGUACUUUUAUAAACUUAAGCAUGCAACCUCCUGUUGCAUUUAGUAAGCAGAACAUGCCUCUUUUGCUUAUUGAAAGCAUUGAAUGUUGCUAAAACCCGGGAUUUGUGUUUCUCCUCACGGCUAAUAAAGUUCUGCAGCUGGUUUUGACUGGGAACUGAGUCUCAUCUCAGUUUAAACUCGUUUCAUCAGCGACUCACAAGACCUGGUCGACAUCUGUCAUGAAUGUGCCAAGGUGCUCUGAAGUUUUCGCUAUGAUAAGACUUCUGGCGCUGUUUAUACACGUUAUGUCAACCACAGCAAAGAGACACGUUGUAUACUGGAACUCUACAAAUACACGGUUAACAGGAGAUGAUUACUCUGUCCAGGUCAAUCUGAGUGAUUAUCUGGAUAUACUGUGUCCACACUAUCCCGCCGACCCCCCGUCCAGCGGUCCUGUGGAGACUCUGGCUCUCUACCUGGUGUCUGAGGCCCAGUUCAGGGGCUGCGUGGAGACUAAAGAGGCCAUUAAGAGAUGGGAGUGUAACCAGCCGUACGCUCCCUACGGUCCUGUCAGGUUCUCUGAAAAGAUCCAGCGCUUCACGCCCUUCUCCCUGGGCUUUGAAUUCCUGCCUGGACACCAUUACUACUAUAGCUCCCUGUCCACAGAUGACGGACCCCCCCUCCCAUGUAUGAAACUACGAGUCACUGUGUGUUGUCCACCGACAACAGCUGGAUCAUCAAGACGAGAAGACACAGAGAGACCAUCACCCAGCAGUGCUGUCCGUCCAGUGACUUUCUCUCCUCCUCAUCUUCCUCUUAUUGUCUUAUUUUCUCUAAUAUUUCUUUUUAAAACCUAAAUACAAGUGCUCCAUAACCAGUUGCAUUACAGUAAAUUCUUGCUCUACUUCUGUGGAUUACACACACACACACAGACUCUCUUUCUCAUACUCCUUUUCUCUGUCAUUUUUGUCACACUAUUAAUCUCCAUCCCUCAAUUUCCACUUUCUGGUUGUCUCUCUCUCUCGGUCCACUCUCAGUGGCUCUUUACUCCUGUCUGUUCUGCUGAAAGUUCACUCUGUAACAGAGCGACACUAAUCUACCUUCAAAGAGCUUAUCUUACUGUUCAUUUUCUUUUAAUCCUUCUGUCCUUGAGAGUCAGACAUUCCUUUACAAGCCCCUGCUCCCCCCCUCUGUCCUACUGUACAACAAACUGAGCCAAAGAUGAGGAGGAUGAAGCUCCCGCUCCUGCUGUUUGUACUACUGAGUGAAAGACCAGGGACAGAUCAGAAGUGACCAUUCCCAUGUGUGAGCACUGCCAUAUCCAGUCAUCAACAGCUUGGGGGGAAAAUACUUAGUGUACAUAAUUUUUUUUUCUCUCUUUGAAGAAUAUAUAUAUAUAUAUAUAUAUACAUACAUACACACACACACACACACACACACACACACACACACACAUACAAACAUGCAUUGAAACCAAAGCCAGACCACAACAUAACAUUUUUCUUUGUUGCUGUAUUGACUUCACGCAACCUGGCAGAACUCUGGAAUUACGUGGAAUAUCCUGGAAUUGUUGUGUCUUGAAUUUAUUUCGAAUUUAUUUGGAAUUUGUAAUUUGCGUGACUGAGUGACGGCCUCCAUGGACCACACAGGAAGAGAAGAAACCACUUCCUGUUUGUCACUUGUGGGAAAUGUAUGAUCAGUCACUUCCCAGUAUGGACUCCUCUGAUUGGUCUGCGUGUUUCUUAACUCUCUGUAAAGCAAGCAGUUUAAUAAGGCACUUAAUCAGGUUCAUACAACAUUGGUUGUUUCCACACAUGAUUGUUUGUGGGUAUGUGAAUUAUAUGUAAUGAAAGUGUUCAUUUAGUCUACCUUAAUAAGGGUAUAUGCAAAAAGAAUAAGCAUGAGCAAUCAGGUUUUUUUUCCAGUUAGUCUGAAAUAAUGCAUUGAUUAUAGAGAAAACUAUAUUUCCUUAGUGUUGUUUAAUAUCUUUUUUUAACCGUUGUUUUUAUCAAGAUGUUUUAUUUACUGUACUUUUUAUUUGAACAAUGAAUUAUACAUAUUAUCAUCAUAUAAGAGAAGCUGGAAAUGUUUUUAUUUAAAUAAUUUAAGUAUUUUUGUUUGUUUUUUGUUUGUUUGUUUUAAAUGUUUGAAAUUAAUUUUUUUUUUUUACAUUUUUUAAAUUCAGUUCUAAUAAUAGUUAAGUCAUUUUGUCCACUUUUUGAGUUUUAGAAUGUUAAUACAUUUUCUGAUAAAUGUUUUGUUUUUGUUUCUCUAGUUUCUGAUGGUUUUCUGUUAAUUUCAUAUUUUCAGAUGCAAAUCAUGUCUGCCAAAACAGAACAGUUUACAG